UUCCACCACUUACGAGGCAGGGAGAGAGAGAGAGAAAGCGAGAGGGGCGGAGAGUGGAGGAAAAGAGAAAGAAAAAGAAAGAGAUGGAGAGAAGGGGGGAAACAAGUUUGUGAGAGAUGGAUAGAAAGUGUAAGUGACCAAGCAAGACAAGUCCAAGCGUGUUUAAAAGCAAGUAUUAGAGGAAACAGAGUUGUGUCAUCAGCAGGUCAGUGGACUUACCGGGGGGAUUAUGUCCAAACCUUCGUCCAACGUUAAGGCCCUACAGGCUAAUUUGAACAUCCCGAUGGGAGCUCUGCGUCCAGGGGCGGGACAUCCUGUCAAGAGGAGAGAGGAGACAGUAGACAUUGAAGAGGCUCAAUCACCAGAGCAGCCCAGCGCUGCCGCCCAGACGCCAGAGGAGAAGAAGGCGUUGCCGGGUGCCGUGAAGCUGCCCGGUCCCGCCGUUAACCUAUCAGAGCUGCAGAACGUCAAGAGCGAGCUACGAUGGGUCACCAAGGACUAACAUGAUCCUCAGCCAGACGGAGAGGAAGGCAGAUAAUCUUCAGAGACACAGACUUGCCCACUGCCACCGAAGACUAAGCAAACUACAAACUAAUCCCAACAUGUUCGGAAACAGUAACAGCUUUCUGUGAAGCCAACGUCUGCAGAAAAUGUUCCGCGUUUAACCGAAACCACAAAGCAGGCAACCAUAAACUCUCUUUCUGUCAGUACUCUAACAGGUUAAAGCACUACAACUAUCUUUAUUUAUCAAACCACCAGUUAAGAUUGUUUCGUCACUAAAUAGAAAUCCAAAUUUGUACAAUAAGUUGCGUAUUGUUGAGGUUAAGCGAGAUAUUCUGGCUUAUUUCUUCUGCAGAAAAGACUCCGCUUUACUUGGACUUUUAGAAGUGAGUUAGUUGUGUUGCAUUAAUGGCUAAUUAUUCAGCAUGUUUUUGGCUUUUUUUUUUUAGUUUUUUGGGUAUUUUUAAGUCUGAAGCAGCUGGUUUAAAAGGACAUUUGUUCACAAAUAUUUAAGGAAUCCACUUGACGAAAAGCAAAACUGUGAUUUCCCUCCCAACUCUGUGACAACGCUUAUUUUCCACAUCCAACUAUUCAGCACUGAUUUUUACUGAUCUUUUAAAUUAUUCAUUUCUAAAUGUUGCAGUUAUGCGAUGGAAUUCAAGUUCAGUUGUACUUGUAA